UACCGGAAGUGACCCAACAUCCGGGUUCUGUUGCCUGGACAACAAAGUAAAGCCAUCUUGGUUGCAAACGGGAAAAGGAGCACAGUUCUGACAGUUUGGGCUUCAAAACAAACAAAAUGCCUCCUAAAAAGAAGAAGAGUGGAAAGAAGGGAAAGAAAGGCAAAAAAUCUGGAAAGGCAAAAACUCCAACCGUCAUUGAUGGAAUCUCAACAGAGGAAAUGUCUAAGGAACAGCUGGAGGAGCAUAUUGUACGCCUUCGCGAAGAAUUGGACAGAGAACGUGAAGAAAGAAAUUACUUCCAGCUUGAGAGAGACAAAGUUAACACAUUUUGGGAAAUUACAAAAAGACAGCUGGAGGAAAAGAAAGCAGAAUUACGUAAUAAAGAUAGAGAAAUGGAAGAUGGAGAAGAAAGGCAUCAAAUAGAAAUUAAGGUUUAUAAACAGAAAGUGAAGCAUUUAUUAUAUGAGCACCAAAACAACAUAUCAGAAUUGAAGGCAGAAAGUGUUUGUGCCAUCAAGUUAGCACAGGAUGAUCACAGGUCUGGUGAGAAUGAGUUACGGAAAGACAAGCGAGGCCUCAAAGUGGAGCUUAAGGAGCGCGAACUUUCUCAUGAGGACUACAUUAAAAAUUUGAAAAAGAAACAUGAUGAAGUAGUAACACAGCUGAGGUCAGACUUUGAAAGGCAGUCGCGAGAAAUUGAAGCCAAAUAUGAGAGAAAGAUGCGAACUCUUCGGGAUGAGUUAGAUCUAAGGAGGAAAACUGAAAUUCACGAGAUUGAAGAGAGAAAGAAUGGUCAAAUUAAUGAACUUAUGAGAACACAUGAAAGGGCUUUCAGUGAUAUCAAGAACUACUACAAUGACAUCACACUCAACAACUUAGCACUCAUCAACACACUCAAGGAGCAAGUAGAAGAGAUGAAGAAGAAGGAAGAAAGAAUGGAGAAGAGGAUGGCAGAAGUGAUCCCAGAGAACACUAGGCUUCGAGAACAGUUGGAGAAAGCGAAUGGAGAAGUGGACGAUCUGAGAAAACAACUAGCCAACUAUGAGAAGGAUAAAGAGACAUUGAGGAUGACCAAGGCUAGACUGAGAGUAACAGAGGAUGACUUCAGAGCCAUGAAGUGGGAACAUGAGGUGCUCGAACAGAGGUUUGAAAAGACACAAGGUGAGAGGGAUGACCUGUACAAGAAGUUCGUGAAGGCCAUCCAUGAAGUACAACAGAAGAGUAACUUUAAGAACCUGCUGUUGGAGAAGAAGCUGGGUGCCCUGGCUGACACCUUGGAGAAGAAAGAAGCACAGUUGAAUGAAGUGUUAUCAGCCUCAAACCUUGACCCCACUGCACUCACUGUUGUCACACGCAAACUUGAGGAUGUGCUCGACUCCAAGAACAGUGCUAUCAAAGAUCUACAAUAUGAAUUGGCAAGAGUAUGCAAGGCUCACAAUGAUCUGCUGAGGACAUACGAGGCAAAACUUAUGCAGUUUGGUAUACCCACAGAAGAACUGGGCUUUAAACCUCUGGAAAGUACUGUUGGCGGUCAGGCUUUAGGACAGGGACCUGCUGGACUGGUGUCUGCCCCAUCGUAGCAUAUAUUUAACACAUUCUGAACAUUCCUAGAACGUUUUGUGUCACUCCGUCCAUUGGAAAUCAUGCAGGCUUUUAAAUUUACAAGAUGAUGUCAUAAAAUUAAAAGAUGAAUUAUUCUUGUUUGCUUUGUUCCUGAUGAUAAUUAAAAUUCAUAUUUUGUGGAAAACUUAUCCACACCUAAAAUGUUUUACAGUACUUAAGUUUAAUUAACAAAGUCUUACACUUAGUAUGUCAGAUGAUAGUAAUAUAGCCAAUGAUUCCACUGUGGUUGAAAAUAUUUAAGGACUGGACUGGUUAUGAAUGCAUGUGUAAAAUAGUACUUCAUGAGAGAAACAGAAUACUGUAACUGGGGGAGCAAGCUUUUAAUGACUCGUAUAAGCCCAGAUGAGCAGCUAGGAUGGAUAGUCUGAACUCGCCUUACUGAUCUAAAUGAAUACUAUCGAUAACACAAUUUACACAUCCCAGUGAUAAAUAACGGGUCAUACUGGAUUAUUUGUUAACUAAAUACCGUUAUUUAUUGAGGCUUUUAUUUUGUAAAUACUUUUUUGUACAGACACAUAUCAUUUAUCUGUGAUAGCUAAACUGUACUUGUACAUUGUAAAACAAACAGUCCAAUGUAUAAUGUACAAAAUGAAACAAAAAUAAAAAUCUAUGAAAGAAA